AUGUACUGCUUCGGAUUUUUCAGUGUCUUGAUCUCAUGUGUCGUUCUUCUCAUUGUUCAGUCAAGUGAUGGUUCUGAGAUUAUUGGAGGCAAUGAAGUCAAGCCACACUCACUGCCUUUCAUGGCUCUGCUUGAGGGUAACGAGGGCAAUUGUGGAGGGAUACUAAUUGAUGAAGCAUGGGUCCUGACUGCUGCUCACUGUGAUAAAAUUAAGAAUGUGUUGCUGGGAGUGCACUCCAUCAGGAGAGAUAAAAAAAAGCAGAUCCAAAAGGUGAAAAAAAGUUUUCCUCAUCCCUGUUUUGAUGCAAAAGACAGGGUCAAUGACCUCAUGUUACUCAAGCUUAACAAAAAAGUGAAGAAAACCGAGACGGUUAAUUGGCUCAAGUUGGGCAACGCUGUCAAAGAUCCUGCAGCUGGAAGCAUCUGUGUGGUGGCUGGAUGGGGAGCAACUAAAAGCAAAGCCGAGCAAAUGUCAGAUGUCCUGAGGUCUGUCAAUGUGACAGUGAUUAACAGAGUGAAGUGCAACUCACGUGCCUAUUACAACCUCGACCCUGUUAUCACCAGCAGCAUGAUAUGUGCUGGAUCAGAGACAGCAGAUACCUGUCAGGGAGAUUCAGGAGGACCGCUGUUGUGCAGUGGUGUGUUGACAGGAAUCACUUCCUUUGGACCUAAGGAGUGUGGUAACAAAACACACCCUGGAGUGUAUGCUUUUCUCUCAGAUAAACAACUCCAGUGGAUCAAAAAAACUAUGACUCAAAAUUAG